AUGUCAAAACAACGCUGUUGUGAUUCGCUGAAUCAUUGAGCAAAACAUUUCCUCUAAUAACGAUUAUAAUAAAAAACAAGUUAACUUUGAUACCCCAAGUACUAACAUAAGAAGUUCCAGUGCGAAAAAAAAUGGUUUUAGAAUCUACUAUAGUAUGUGUUGAUAAUAGUGAAUAUAUGAGAAAUGGUGAUUUUAUGCCUACACGUAUUCAAGCUCAACAAGAUGCUGUUAGUUUAGUAUGCCACGCUAAAACGAGACAAAAUCCUGAAAAUAAUGUUGCACUUAUGACUUCUGCUAGUUUGGAAGUUCUUGUGACAUUAACAACUGAUGUAAACAGGGUUUUAUCAAAACUCCAUCAAGUAAAUCCGUCUGGUAAAGCACAGUUUUCGACAGGGAUUAAAAUUGCACAUCUUGCAUUAAAACAUCGACAAGGUAAAAAUCAUAGAAUGAGAAUAAUCGCAUUUGUUGGGAGUCCAAUUGAUAGUUCAGAUAAAGAUCUAGUUCGUCUUGCAAAGAAGCUUAAAAAGGAAAAAGUAAAUGUUGAUGUGAUUGCGCUGGGAGAAGAUUCUGCUUCAUUUGAUAAACUUUCUCAGUUUGUUGAUACAUUAAAUGGAAAAGAAGGAACAUCAAGUCAUUUAGUUGUGAUUCCUCCUGGGCCAAGUCUAUCUGAUGCUUUGAGAACUUCAGCAGUUUUGCAAGGAGAAGAUGGUUAUAUGCCAUCUGGAGAUUUCUCUUCAGGAGGAUUUGAUGUUGAUGCAAAUCUUGACCCAGAAUUGGCUUUAGCCCUUCGUGUCUCAAUGGAAGAGCAGAGAGCACGUCAAGAGGAAGAAAGUAAAUCAUCAUCUAAUGAAGUGGCAACCGGUACUUCUUCCAAGGAAGAUUCAUUAUUAAUGAAUGCAAUGUUCUCCAGGGGGAGUGAUCAACCAGUUGACUUUAAUGCUAUGACAGAAGAAGAGCAAAUAGCUAUGGCUAUACAAAUGUCAAUGAGUGAUGCUAAUUCUUCAGUUGAACCAUCUGAGACACCAACAUUAAUGGAUGUUGAGACUGACAACCCAGAUUCUAUGGAGCAAGACUACAGCGCAGUAAUGAACGAUCCUGCUUUUCUUCAACAUCUCGUUGGCAGCCUUCCGGGUGUUGAUCCUAAUAGUGAAGCUAUACAAAAUGCUCUCCACGCUCUUACUAGUGGUUCAGAGGCUAAAAAAGAUAACGAAUCUAAAGAUGAAAAGAACAAAGAAAAGUAACGAUUUCAAAUAUUCAAUUUUUACUUUUGUAAAUUUAAGCAAAGUUUAUUAAAAUCAUUUUACUUAUGUUUCAGAGUAUGCUUGUGUUAAUUUAA